AAAUUGACAGGUGUGCAGAGACUGAGUAUGAAACAUCAUCCGUGACGUCAAUACUUUCUUUAGGCCUCCAAUCACUGUGGCUGGAUGUGGAUGUCCUGCGCUACGGAUGUUGGGCGCUCCCUGCGCAGUGCGGUCAUGAUACCGACAAAAGGCCUUUAGCAUCGCAGAAAAUAAUAAGAAGAAGAAGAAGAAGCACAAGUGCUCACCUGGGACUCUAGAUUAUUGGAUAUGAAACAAGCAGAUGGAACAAUAUGAUGAUUUUUCUUUUUGCGUUAUAGGUUUCUGGUGUUGAAAUAAGAAGGGCCUCUGCUCAUCUGUCGGAAAAUAGCUGAGAGGGAUGCUAUUUAACUGCGUAAACAUAAUGGCUUUGGCUCAGCAUCAUCGACUCAUUUCGUGUAUGCUGCUGCUCUGUAUAGUGACUAGCAUUCAAACCCGGUCCUCUCAAAUAUCGGACUUGAAAUCUAAAAUAUCGGGGGUGGAGGAGCUCUUAGAGGAAUUCCGCAAGCAGCUCCAACAGGACCAGACGUAUACCAGGGAGGAGGAGGAGGUGGUUGACGUCUGCCUGGCUGAUUUCAACGCCGUAGAGGAGCACAUCAUCCGAGCCAGUGCCUCCAUUGAGCAGGGGGCCACCUUCCUCUCGGCUCCUGACCGGGUGUACAGUUGGAAAGACUGUCUCCAUGCCUGCUGCGCAGACCCUCACUGCACCGUGGCGGUGGUCCAGGAGGACCUGAGACAGUCGGACGACAGCCUCAGCUGCUAUUUGUUCAGCUGCACCUAUAGAAAUAAAAACGUAUGUUCAUUCGCAGCACAGGCAGGGUUUAGCACCUACAGUCGGUAUCACAAUACAACAGGACACCUCACCUCCUCCAGUGGCAAUGGAGAUGUGAACAAAUUGGUCAAUUUGAUUAGGAGACCUGAGGAAAAACCUAGAGUUGAUGAUGACACUCAAAUGCCAGACAUGGACGAGCCACCCCGCAGUGAUGCCGGCCAGGAUGUAGUCAUCCAGCUGCCCACUAACUGGGCGGUACUGGACGGCCGGGACAGUGUGGACGACCAUGGGGUCACCCGCUACGAAUGGGCCAUGGUGAAGGGUGACCCGGCCAUCAACAUGAAGGUGACCCAGCCAGGGUUACUGAAAAUCAGUGGUCUACAGAAGGGCGCCUUUACCUUCCAGAUGACUGUCACCGACACCGCGGGACAGAAGAGCUCAGACAAUGUCACUGUGACAGUGCUGGCUCCAAAACACCAAGCUGAAGUUGAUGGGAACAGGAAGUCAGUGACCAUCCCUGCAGGUCUACCCAGCCCACACAGGCCUGUGGCCCAGCCAGAGGAGACUGAGGACCACUCCAUGGCCCAGGGUGGGCCCAGGAAGACCAUGGAGGAGGCCAGACCACCUCCACCACAAGCCCCACAGAUUCCACAGUCUGGUGACUGGAGCAAGCCAGUGCCCCGAGUCUUACCACAGCCAAGUCACAGUGAAGAGGAGAGCCCUGUCAGUCAAGCAGAGCUCUGUGCAGCGCCCCCUGCUGUGGGGCCAUGUAAAGGCGUCUUCCCACGCUGGUUCUAUGACCCUGUGGCUGAAGAGUGCAAGCACUUCAUCUACGGAGGCUGCAAGGGCAACCAUAACAACUUCCUGCAGCAGGCAGACUGCAUCAAUGAAUGUAUAAAAAAAACAGGUCCUGCUAUCAAGCAAAUGACCAUGGCACCUCCCCACACCACCAAACACACAGAGACAGUCUUAACCAGUACAUUUACAGCAGAGGCCCCUAAAGUGACCAUGAAGUGGCCAGAGACCAAACCACUACCAGAGAGUGACAUGUUCCCAAUAUCCAAACCACGUUUAGUAAUGGGAGGACACCCAGGGCCUGAGUCAGGUGCGAUCCUGCCAUUAGCUCUGGGCCUGAUCAUCACAGCUUUGCUGCUGCUCAUGAUUGGCUGUCGCCUGCGGUUGGUCCGCCACAAGCUGAAGAAGGCCCGCCCCCUCACCACCGAGGAGUCUGAUUACCUCAUCAACGGCAUGUACCUGUAGCAGCACAGACAGGGAUGGAUGUACCACAGAACUAGAAUGAGAGGGGUGCAUCCUGUAGAAAAGGAAUGAGGUUCCAAGUCUGUUCAAUUCAUUCUAUUUCUAUGGGAUGCACCCUAUGCACUGAAUCCCCUCAGGCAGAAACACCAAAACAACCAACACUGUCAGUCAACUGUUGGCCAGGUGGAGUCUUCAUGAUAACCGAACUAACUUUCUAUAUCAUGAUUGUGUACAACUUCUUUAGGUGCACUCGAUUUAGAUAACUCGACGUGUGAGGUAGGCAGAGAUCACUCUUUGGAAUGGUCCCAUUGGAAUGGUCCCAAAAGUGCAAACUCUACCCACCCAGCACUCCAGGGUCAUGGGUGAGCUAAAUCAAACACAGCUUUUAACAGGGAAUAAAAUGUUUUUUGCCACUUUUGUAUACUUGCUUGGUGUAAAAACCGAUGCUUGUCUGCACUUAGGUUUGGAAAGAGAUGCUUUCCUUUUUCUUUCAUGAUUUCUCUUUCACCCUCAAAGAUGUGUUAUUUUAAUAUUACAAGGAAAUGUCAAUUUCAUGGAUUAUGGAUGUAUAUUUUGGGAGAUAUAUAGUACUUUAUCCCUUAUGUAAUACUUCUGCCACUGAGUGGCACUGUUGUGCUAUUUGUGCCAUGAGGCUCUGUAUCUAUUAGGCUUGGCCUCAAGUUUUAUUUUUUACCAGACUACUUUGAAAUAUGGGGAUAGCAAGAUAUGUAACUAAUUGUAAAUUCCAAAACUACAAUCAUUACUGAAAAUUAUUAUUUUGUUAUAACACCAAGUAAUUCCAGGAAAGCCCAUAUCAAGCCAUAAAGCAUUCUAGGAUGUGUCUGAUAUGGUACGUUGCUUUUCUUUAUCAUCUAUGUAGUUAUACAGUGUUGAUGUGUAGAUGUAUCUCAAAAGUCUGUAUGCAUACAGUUUGUGUGAGAUAGUAAAGUUAACUCUUGAUCAAUACGUCUUUUGUGAUUCUUUGCCAAAGUGUUAGUAUUUUGAGUUGGUAAGGGAUGCAAUUUGAAUAUACAGUGUGGAUUCUUCCUAGCCUGGUUGCCAUCUCUGUUCAGCUAUUAUAUUCCACUUUUUGCCACUCUGGUCAUUUGCCAAAGAUGUGGCAAGAAGUGGAAUAUUAGCUAAAAAAGACUGGUACCCAGACUAGAUUCUUCCUGCUCUACCACAUUUUUUUGUGACUAGGAAAUAGCAGUAUAGAAGCCGUCUUCAACGCAUAGACAGCUUGUAGCAAUAAACACUCCAUAGCACAAAGCAGGACAAAAACAUAAGCAUUUCUUUAUUUUCAUUUUGCCAUUCCAGAAAUUGUGAAAGCCAUAGCUCAUCCAAUAUUUAUUUAUUUAAACAGACAUUCAAUCUCUUUGCAUUAAAGUUUAUUUUGGCAAAGCACCGGCUACUUUGUUCAGAGUCAUAUAUUUAUAUAUACACACAUAUAUGGUUCUGCUUUGUUUAGUGUUGGUCAUCAGUAAAGCUUGCACACAGUGUUGUCAUGGACACCAGAGGCAGCACUCGAUAAAUCACAGGGGAAA